AUGCGUUCCCUCCUCAGAGAGCGCCACACUGAUACCCAUCGAUGAGAUUACUUCAGAUUAUAAAAGGAAUAAACGCUUGAGAGAUGCGUGACCGGCGGAAGCUGGGCUGGAGGAACGGCUACUAAACCCACUGGACCGUUAGUGGGACGGAGAGUCACUUUGUGGAAGAAACACCCGAGUGAAGAUCUGUCAGAAGUUUCACGUUUUAUUUGAAAUAACUCAGCAUGUGGAAUAACGCGUCCUCCAAAACCUGAGGUUAUAGAGCAGCCUGCGUUCGUGCUGUGAUUGAACUCGAGCGCAGUCGGACAUGGCGAACACUUUGGAGAGGGAGAUCCUGGAGCGGGAGCUCCGGCCGAGGCUCUGCUAUUUGACUAAAGGGGACCGGGGCUACGGCUUUCAUCUGCACGGCGAGCGCAGCCGAGGAGCGCAGUUCAUCCGCAAGAUCGAGCCGGGCUCCCCCGCGGACCUGUCCGGUCUCAGGUCCGGCGACCGGGUGGUGGAGGUGAACGGGGAGAACGUGGAGGGGGAGACGCAUCAGCAGGUUGUGCAGAGGAUCCUGGACGUGGAGCACCGCACCAGGCUGCUGGUGGUGGACCGGGUCACAGAUGAGUUCCUGAAGUUUCACGAUCUGCCGUGCACGGAGGACAGGGCGAUCGAGAUGGGCUCCCUGUCGUCCCGCUCGUCGGCGGCCUCCUCUCCCCGAGCCUCGCCGCGGGACUCCGCCACUCCUCCCUACAGCAGGCAGAGCUCCGAGGGCAUUUUCAUCAAUAAGAGUCCCAGCAGCGUCGGAGGAGGAGUGAUGAACGGCUCACCGCUCUACAGAGCUCACGCCCGUCUGUCGUCGCCCGUCUUUCUGCCGCUGCCCUCGCCCGGUGAACACAGGAGCGAAGCCGAGGCCGACCCUUUCACCAAACUCGGCGAGGAGCCCAGCGUCGCAGCCGAGCCCGAGCCCGAGCGGGACUUCGGCGGAUCGCAGACCAGCGCACAGGAGGACACGGUGCUGGAGGAGGACGAGGUAACGAAGGACCUGCGUCCUCGCUUGUGUCACAUGACCGUCAGCGAGCAGGGCUACGGCUUCAACCUGCACUGUAAGAAGUCCCGCUUGGGUCAGUUCAUCCGCUCGGUGGACCCCGACUCUCCGGCGGAGCGCGCCGGCCUGAGGCCCCGGGACCGGCUCAUCCAGGUGAACGACACGAGCAUCGAGGGUCUGCGUCACGCCGAGGUGGUGUCUCUGAUCCGAGCGGGCGGCACGCACACCCGUCUGCUGGUGGUGGAUCCCGAGACGGACGAGCUCUUCAGCCGGCUGGGCAUCCAGCCCACAUCCAUUCACCUGAAAGAGGACUGCGUGGACGGGCCGAUCAUAGAGACGUAUGCACCCGCUUCUUCACCCAAGAGCUCUCCGCCAAUCAUCAACAUCACGCUGACUGACCCACCAAUCAGCAACGGCUCCCCGAGGCACCAGAGUCACAGGAGCUCCUCCUCCAGGUCCACUCUGUCAGAGACGAGCGCCGAGAUCAGCAGCUUCGACACCAGCAACAAGCUCUCAGACUCUGACCAUCUCUCCAGCGACGACGCCCGUAAACCGAAGCGUGACGUGAAGUCUGACCCGUUCUGGGAGAGCGGUCUGAAUCUGAGUCUGACCGCGGCCGAGGCCAAGCAGAAAGCCCGGGCCAAGCGGCCCAACAAGAGAGCGCCCCCUAUGGACUGGAGCAAGAAACAGGAGAUCUUCAGCAACUUCUGAGCCGCUCCGGCAUCAGAAAACUCACCUCCACCAACCCACACAGACCAGACCCAAGACACAGACCGGAUUAGACCAGCCUCCAGAGGCGAGCGGAAGAGCUUUGGGUUCAGGCUGAUCCGGGAGCAUGCUCGGGACGUACUGUGGAUUCAGUCGGCAUUUCCUUUCGCAUUCAGCCAUUCCCGCUCUUCCUCACAGACACUAACUCAACAACAGACACGGAUAGAGAGUAAGACAAUGGUAUUACCGGGCAGAAACGGUAAGAAGGAAAGACAAAGGUGAAGAGAAAGUGUAAUGAAGUGAACAAAAGAUGUCUGAACGUCGAGGCAGAGGUCGUAGGUCAAAGGUGCGGCAUUGUAAGACGCACGUGCAAAAACGAAGGGAAGUCAGGGUAGAAUUACUAGCUGUAGCGUUAUUUUUCAGACACACGUUUCCUGAAUACCGUAUGUUGUUUGUUGGCUUUAAGAGGAGCUUUUAAAACCACCGAAGAAGUCGUGAUCGUGCGAGGCAGUGGCGGCUGACGGCGAGGGAUCGGAGGAAAGGGAAAAGAAAGUUCAGCCUGAGAUCUUUACGAAGGAGUCCGAUAGUGCAAUCCUCACAACAUUCACCUAAAAUAGCUACACUUUACACACGGCCAAAAGAUUGAUGACAUCAUCCUGCACUACGCAGAUUUUCGUCCAAUCGGACGCUCUCCGGGAUUAGCAUACUGGCCAAUGGCUGUUUUAUUUUUUGUUUUUUAAAGGGACGAUGUCCCUGAAGCGUCCCACGCUAAAAGAAUAUUUAUGUAUUUAUUUUCUCGCCGUGUUCUCAUUAAUGCUGGUUUAACGUGAUAUUGAAUAUCGAGUAUUUAUAGACAUUAUAGCUCAAAGGGCUGUCUUUAUCAUCUUAUAGUGGUCCGAGAGGUGAACCUACAACGCUUUCUGACCCGCCUCUGUCUGGAGGGUUAACAGUAAAAACACACAAACAAAUCUAGCUAUUCAUAAUUAAUAACAUAACUGUGUAUUCUGAAAACGGAAAUGUAACUGAUCACAGAAAAGCCCUUAUAUAUUUACAUCUGCGCAUGUCGUUUUAAGUCAGUUUUGUUUGUUCAUGUAUGAGUCAUUCUACAGAAAUGUCCGCUUUUUUGCAUUCAUUUUUCUAACAUUUAAAGCACAUUAUUAUUAUUACUUCCUGACUUUAUGCAUACAUAUAAACGGCAGCUUAAAAAUCAGUUUUUGUGCAUUCAUUUUAAGACCACACAUACUAUUUUUUGGGACAAAAUUGACUAUGUUUCCUAAAGCAGGUUGGACUAAAAGCGUUAUAUGAAAGGAGAAAAUUGCUCAAAUUCUUCUUAGAUCUUCAGGAAACAUGAAAAAGCAAGUCCAGUGAUUUCAAAAUAAACUCUUUUUGUUAAGCUUCAGCACCGGUGACACAACUCCAGGGGACCGCUACUCCAUUUCAUGAAACAUUUAUUAGCCUAUUAAAAACUUAUUUCAUACAUUUCACAUUUUUAAAAGUUUUGACCUCAAAAUAAAGCACUUUCUCUCUGUGCACGGCCGGCGGGGAGACGCUUUGUGGCGCUUUAUUUACUAAAAAAACUAAUGUCACCGACCACAUUGAUGGCUCAAGAAGGCACAAGCGUUCAGAUAACAUACUGUGUGGUUUUAAAAUAGAAAUAAACUAACUCCAAGUGCUUCAGUACUUCAGUGGACAUUUCCACGAGAUGACUCGUAUAAACUGUUUCUGUCGCCCUCGUCUCGUGUAUGUCCGUUCUCUCAUGUACCGGGCUCGCCCUCAUACGCGUAUUUACCGAAAUAAAGCGAGUAUUGUAGACGGAGGCUGUCGUGUGGCGUCGUGUGAGCCUGCCGCGGUGCAGCUUGGCGGUCUCUCUGGGACGCGCUUCCUCUCUCGGCCGCUGGAGGCGGUGUUUAACGGCGUGACUGAGGAGACGCUAAUGGCGGGAAAUGAAAGCAGCCAUCCGUCCAUAAAACCUCCUCAGCGUUUAUGAAGCAGAUUUUAUCUGUUAAAAAUGCGGGCGGAUGGAUGCUUCUCUGUAGUCACGGGUCGACUGUGUUUCAGCAUCUCUGGGAUGGUUUUCAACAUCGUUCUCAAGUUCUGACUGCCAUCAGUCUCCUACAAUUUAUUAUUCUGAUUUUUAUAUGAAAGUUAUGAAAACACUUAUCGCGGAGGGCUAUGUUAGCAAUUGGCAAUGCAAAAAUAUAUAUAUUUUGGGGUAAUAUAAAUCGGGUGCUCUCGAUUUUAACACAACUAUGAUGACAUCCCAUGAUGAGAAACCUGCAAAUGUGGGGAAAAAUGUGAACCGAUUCGCAACUCCGUAAUGAAGAUUAUUAAGAUUCAUAAGAUCAAGAUUUGUAGGAUUAAUAAUCCAGUUUGAAAUAGCAACACGCCCUUUUGACUGAUGAGUCGCAACAAAGAAAAAUAAUACAUCCUAAAUUUGUAAUUAGUUAUUUAUAUGCAGAGACGGUGGUUUUAAAGAUUUUUAAAUGUUUUUUUUAAUGGCGUAUUUAAACACGUAUUUCAUGCUCAGUGCUCGUCUUUUCUUACUUGGUGAGUUUAGCCAAAUACAUUAAAUAUAAGGUCAAUUAGAUCAGUAUACUACACACACACACACACUGGUGGCUGUGGUUUCUCUUGCCGCUUAGUUUCUUCUUCUUUUCAGUUGGUUGAGUUCCAGCUCUCCAAAGUUUCACUUUGAUGAUGCCGUCACACCACACACACACUUCACCUUCUUUCACGGCACACACAGCUCUCACUCAGGUCUCUGGCUUGAAGUUCACACUCUGAGAGGGUCACCAGGAGUCUGUGACAACGUGUGCGAACGUACAUGAGAUAACGAAUGAGUUUUGAGUGUGAAAACAUCUGAACACGCUGAGAGUUCAGUAUAAUUUCGGACACUUUUUGAAUAUGUUGUUAGUCAUGCGUGAUUGCACACUACCAUAGAUGCGUUAAACCCCAACUUCCUGUCGUCGCUUGUCUGUUUCCUGUAUGUGCAGCGAGACCGCUACAGCCAUUACACACACACACACACACACAAAGCUUGGUCCUCACCUCAGAUACGAUUACAACACUGAUCAGCACGACUGAUGGCUGGUGAACAGCACCGUAAAUACUAACCCUCUUCUGGAGCGUAUUUGUAAAGGGUCUCUACUGUAAACUUACUCCAUUAUCGUCACGUGAAGAUCUUAUUUCUCACAGAAAGACAGUAGGGCAAACCAAUCAUGUCUUCUGAAGCGCUGGAGUCUGCUGGAAAGCAUUACGGCUUGGCGAUUUUUAAAACCCAAAGUCCAAUCCAAAAUUUCCUGGCACAGACCUGCGGCAUGUUCUGGUGGGUGUUGCUUUUGGUUUUUCCCGUAACAUGAGCAGCAUCCCAAAGAUUUCCAUUGAAAAUGUAUUGCUGUAAUGCCUCGUGACUAUUCAGCCGACAGCUACCAUCUAAAUGCUUAACGUGGACACGACACAGGUCUAAAGAACCAUCAAAAAAAGCAAUAGUUUACUCAAGGAGUGGGACUUUAUCAUUCUAGAGCGCAUUUACAUAAACAUAGGGUGACCAUUUUACCCCAAAAGCAUCCUGGCCGGCAUUUUGGGAGCUUUUUUUUUUUAAAAUUCGGUGUAUGACAUUGGUUCCUCGUGUUUUCAAAACCCUCUAGAGGUACUUCGAAUCAAAGCGAUACAAAAACCAGGGAAAAAUGACAAGCAUGGUCACCCAAUGCAUUAAAAGUCACAACAUUGCGAUCGUGAUUACAGUAGUUUUUAGGUUCGCCUUGAACACUUUAUAAUAAAAAAAAUAAAUCAAGAGCACACAAAAGACUUCUUCAGCUUGGUAAAAAAUCAUUUUAUUUUCCUGGCAAGGUAAAGAGAGAAAGGUGUGAUUGUUUUUCUGUCUCAGUGCAGAUUUCCACACGCAGCAAUCGUUCUCCGCCUCGCCGUCCUUCCAACGGUCACUUCCUGUCUUUGCUUUCAGCUCGCUCUUAUUUCAAAUAGUCCGACCAACAAAUAUUGUCACAAGAAAAAAAAAAAAAGACGCAUGAUGAAUCCAACAGUUUUAUCAGUAAGUUUACCAGCAAAUUCCUUACAAAAAAAAUAAAAAUAGCAAAACAAAAAGUGCAUGACAAGCGAUAAUCCAAAUUUAAAUUACGCGUUUUGCUCCGAUAGAAUGUAAAUGUGAAUUCGGUUCUAUUUAUCGAAGUAACCAAAAAAUUAGCAAUAGCAGCAAAACUUAAAAAAAAAAAAAAAAAAUCAAAAAUUAACCUUAUUGUUGUAAAACUAUAUUUGAUAUAGUUGUAAUUUGUUGGAUAAGCUGAUUAAAUCACUAAAUACCAAAUAUCAAUAUGGCAUCAAUAUUUAUCGGUACAAAUACAUUCAUACACACACACACACACUCACAAGCGCGCACACAUCGUUGGUCACAGUUUACAGGUCAAUAGGGGUCCAGGAGUCAAGUGUAAGGUACCUUAAAACAAUUAACAACCUAUUAACGCAAGAAUACACGUACGAAAUGCGAAUUACGGAAAAAAACAA